UUCAAAUAUCUCAACAACAAAAAAAAAAACAAAAAAUAGAAAGAAUCAUGGCAGCCAAAGCAAAAGAUAGGUGUUGGGUUACAAUAAAGAAUGGGAGAAAAGGAAAGAAGCACGUUGCCAAGUCACAAACUGAUCAAGCAAAAAGCCCUUCUUCAUUCUUAACAUCACAAAUGAAAAUACUUUGUUCUCUUCCUCCAACUCUCUCUUACUUUCAUUUUUCUUUGUUCAUGCAAGAUCCAAAGAAUGAUCAUUCAAACACAAGAUGCAGAAAACCGUGGUAUCAGAGAGCGAUGGAGGUGACUAAUCUAUGGAAAAUAAUUUCCAAAUCAACGGAAAUUUCAACAUCAAAUUCAACUAUAUGGAAGACAAUUCCAAAAUCUCCACAAGUUCCAACACCAAGUAACAACAAUAAGACCAAGCUAAGAAAAUGUACAUCUCUAAAGGUUGCAACUUCUUUUACAAGGGUUUGUCUUUGUGCACCUAUUUAUUCCUAUAAUGAAAUUCUAAGAAAUGAAGUGCCACCUAGAAGAAGUAAUAGUUAUCCUAGAUCAAAACCAUUGCAAACAUCACAUGAAAGAAUUCCUAGUGCUAGGAUUAGCACUGAGGGAAGAAGAGUUUUUAGAGGUAAAUCAUUGACUGAUGAUGUUUUAAUGAGAAGGUUUGUAAUUGAGGAAGAGGCUAUGAUGCAAAUUAGAAGAAGAAAUCAAAUGGAAGUUAUUAGGAAAAGGAGUAUGAUGAGGAGAAAGAGGCUUGGGCCUAGUCCUCUUAGUAGAAUGGUUCUUGCAAAUGAUAUUGGAGAGUUUAAUUGAUUAGUCCAAUUCUUGUGUAAUGUCAAAUCCAAUUGGUGAACUUUUAGUCCCCACUUUUUUUUUCUCUUCUUUCAACCUUAAUCUUGUUCAUUAAGUUUUUUCCCGCAAUAUUUGGGCCAGUUUCUACAACUGGGUUUUCUUUCUAGUCCCAAAAAUUUAUAUUUUACUGGCCCAAUUUUAAGUGGGUUUAAUUUUAAUUGUAUUGUUAUGUAUAGCAUAGGAUCACAAUGUUAAUUUCAUUUCUACGUUCAAUCC